AUGCUAUUGUCGGUGGUGUUUCUGUUCGCAACCUGCGGUCUCAAUUUGACCAUGAUUCACUACGGCACGGGCCCCAUGCAAACGAGCUACCAAGCGCGAACGUCACGAAAAUCGCCAAGGGAUCAUCAAAGUGUCCAUCCUCCUCAUGUACGCGCGCAUCUUCCCCACGCGGAACUCAUCCUCGGCAGCAUCGCGGUCGGCUGGGUGCUGGCCAUCAUCUGCGUGAGCGUGUUCAAGUGCGAUCCGAUCGUUCCGGGCAGUUGCAUCAACCUCAAGGGAUCCUUCAUCGGCAACGCGGUGCCGAACGAUGUGGCCAUCCUCUCGCGGCCGGUGCACGUGGUCUGGGGGCUGCACGCCUCCCUCACGCAUCGAUUGUCGGUGAUAGCAGUAUUCCUGCUAGGCAGUUUCGUCGUGUUCAGCAGCGCCUACCGCUUCUCCACGCUCUUCCAAUUCGAGCCCGCGGACACCACCUGGGCGCUCGCCAAGGCAUGCACCUGGUGCCUGAUGCGAGUGCGCGAGCGGGAUCAUCUCCGGCUGUCUGCCGACCCUGCGGCCGCUGCUCGUGGCGUUCUCGGGCACGUUUGCAAGCAGCGUCGGCGCCUGGGGCGCGCGCACCACGGGCACCAAGGGUAGGGGCUCCGAGCUGCAGAGCUUCGAAGGCGCCAACCGGAUCCUGCGGCCGCCUGGCGAGCACCUGUCCAAGCAGCUCGUGUCGCUGGAUGUCAGCCAGCGGGAUGACGCGUCCGGGGAUGAGGUGCCGCUGAAUAUGAUCCGCGUACAGCGCGAUAUCACUUGGCAGGAGACGAGAAAGGUGAGCUCGCGAGGGUGGAGAUGAUGAUGAUAAUAAGAUUCUUGGGUGGACACAAUGGAAAGUGGUAUGGUUGAUCAGAAGGGUCAAGCCAUUAUUGCCCGGGGGGAUUGGACUCGGAAGACAUAUAGCCCCGACGGCUCGACGGGUUGAGUGGACUCUCAUAUACGACCAACAAGAACUCUCAAUGCAUCUGUACAAAUGUGUAACGAAG